CUAAAGUAAGAUGGCGGCAGCAGCUGCGGUGGCGCUCUGAGCGGAGACAGUCACUCGUCCGUUGCACUGUGGCUCUCGCUGUGGGUCGGGGCCGCGGCGCUGCAGUGAGGGCAGAGGCGGAAAGUCGAGUCACGGAGCCGCGGCCCCGGCAGCUGCAGAGAAGGCAGGCGCGGCUGGCGCCCCCCGGGGAGCCGAGAGGUGUCGCCCAGGUAGUGCCCCCCCGGCCGUCGUUCCCGUUCCCAAGGCAGGAAGAGGCUGCUGUGGGCGGGGGCCGCUCGCUGUUUCCCUGCUCGGUGGUGGCUGCGAGCGGUGUCUCCAUGUCGGACAACCAGAGCUGGAAUUCCUCCGGCUCCGAGGAGGAUCCCGAGACCGAGUCCGGGCCGCCUGUUGAGCUCUGCGGGGUCCUCAGCAAGUGGACCAACUACAUUCAUGGGUGGCAGGACCGAUGGGUAGCUUUGAAAAACAACACUCUAAGUUACUACAAAUCUGAAGAUGAAACAGAGUAUGGCUGCAGAGGCUCGAUUUGUCUGAGCAAGGCUGUUAUUACGCCUCAUGAUUUUGAUGAAUGCAGAUUUGACAUUAGUGUAAAUGAUAGUGUUUGGUACCUACGAGCUCAGGAUCCUGAUCAUAGACAACAAUGGAUAGAUGCGAUAGAACAACACAAGACUGAAUCUGGCUAUGGAUCAGAGUCAAGUUUACGGCGCCAUGGCUCCAUGGUGUCUCUGGUGUCUGGAGCAAGUGGAUAUUCUGCUACAUCCACCUCAUCGUUCAAGAAAGGUCAUAGCUUGCGUGAGAAGCUUGCUGAAAUGGAAACCUUCAGAGAUAUCCUCUGUAGACAGGUUGAUACUUUACAGAAAUAUUUUGAUGCCUGUGCAGAUGCAGUCUCCAAGGAUGAACUUCAGAGGGAUAAAGUGGUUGAAGAUGAUGAAGAUGAUUUUCCUACAAUGCGUUCUGAUGGGGAUUUCUUGCAUAAUAGUAAUGGCAGUAAGGAAAAAUUAUUUCCACAUGUAACACCCAAAGGAAUUAAUGGCAUAGACUUUAAAGGGGAAGCUAUAACUUUCAAGGCAACUACUGCUGGAAUCCUAGCUACACUUUCUCAUUGUAUUGAACUCAUGGUAAAACGUGAGGAGAGCUGGCAAAAAAGACUGGAUAAGGAAAUUGAGAAAAGGAGAAGAAUAGAAGAAGCAUACAAAAAUGCCAUGACAGAACUUAAGAAAAAGUGCCAUUUUGGAGGGCCAGACUAUGAGGAGGGUCCUAAUAGUCUGAUUAAUGAAGAGGAAUUUUUUGAUGCUGUUGAAGCUGCUCUUGACAGACAAGAUAAAAUAGAAGAACAGUCUCAGAGUGAAAAGGUCAGAUCACACUGGCCAACAUCAUUACCUUCUGGUGAGAGAUACUCUGCCAUGGGGACUCACAGAUUCGUCCAAAAGCCCUAUAGUCGCUCUUCCUCCAUGUCUUCCAUUGAUCUAGUCAGUGCCUCUGGUGUUCACAGAUUCAGCACCCAGGUGGAAGAGAUGGUGAAGAAUCACAUGACUUACUCUUUACAGGAUGUAGGAGGAGAUGCCAAUUGGCAGUUGGUAGUAGAAGAAGGUGAAAUGAAGGUGUACAGAAGAGAGGUAGAAGAAAAUGGGAUAGUCCUAGAUCCUUUGAAAGCCACACAUGCAGUCAAAGGCGUUACGGGACAUGAGGUCUGCCAAUACUUCUGGAAUGUUGAUGUUCGUAAUGACUGGGAAACAACCAUUGAAAAUUUCCAUGUUGUGGAAACUUUAGCAGAUAAUGCGAUCAUCAUUUACCAGACACACAAGAGAGUGUGGCCAGCUUCUCAGCGGGAUGUGCUAUAUCUGUCUGCUAUUAGAAAGAUACCAGCGUUCAGUGAAAACGAUCCUGAAACUUGGAUUGUCUGUAACUUCUCUGUGGAACAUGAUAGUGCCCCUCUGAACAAUCGAUGUGUUCGUGCCAAAAUAAACAUUGCUAUGAUCUGUCAGACGUUGGUGAGCCCACCCGAAGGGAACAAGGAAAUAAGCAGAGACAAUAUCCUAUGCAAGAUUACAUAUGUAGCUAAUGUGAAUCCCGGGGGAUGGGCACCAGCCUCCGUGUUACGAGCAGUGGCGAAACGAGAGUAUCCCAAAUUCCUGAAGCGUUUUACAUCAUACGUGCAAGACAAAACAGCAGGAAAGCCUAUUUUCUUCUAGUAUUAACAGUGAUUGAAACAAGACUGUGUGUGAACAUUCCGUGUUGGAGAAAUAAACCAAAUUGAAGGCUCCAAGCUGGAACGUAGGAUCUACAGUCUUUUUGUGGCCCAAGUCCUAGGCUUUGUGUUCUGAAGUGAAGAAAUACUGCAGCACCGUGAGGCUGAACAUCUAACACUAGCUGUCUUCUGCUAGCUCUCCUUGCUGAAUCAGUGUGUAAUUAUAAAUACAUGUAUUGAUACAUGUAUAUGGAUAUAUUUUUAUUUGCUUGCUUUAGAGGAGAAAAAAAUACAACUUUGAAUCACCAACUUGGAUUACUGCUUCAAUUUUAAACAAUUUGCAAAGCUUUUGUUUACUGUGGCCCUUCAAGACACAUAUACGGUUUUCUGUUUUUGUGCAUGUCUAAAAAGCACAAGAGACAAAUGCACAUAUAGCAUACUGUAUGUGCUUUAUAUGCACAAAAACCUGUGGGUGGUAUUUUUUCAGGUUUGCAGGUGACCUUUGGGCAAGGGUUUUGUUUUGCUUUGUAUAAUCAUAGUUCAUUGCUGCUGAAUCAUCUUGUUAUGUAAAAUGUUUCUUAAUUGAGGGCUGUCAAUAUCCACAUGACUUUGCCUUUUCUGUUAUCUUACUCCUAUGAAGACCUUUGGCUCUGAUGGAGGAAGACUGUGAAAAGCUUUAUUUUUUCCCAGAUAUCUUUAUAUUUCUAUUGUAUUUUUUAGUUAUGUAAUAUGUGCUACAGAAUUUAUUGAACAUGAUUCAGAAAUUUCUAGGUAGAUUCUAUAUGAGAGGGCGAGAUUGUGCCUGAAAACUACAACAGUAGUCUGUCCAUGCUAUGUUACAUGUGGACUGUGGGUUUUGUGAAACUGCGAGAAGGUACCCUGUAAUAUUUAUUAAAGCAAACUGAACUACAUAGGACAACAUUCCCAGUCUGCAAGUAAAAGCGAGUACAUUAUUUCCUGGUCCUGCACCUUUUUGUUCUCAUCUUAAUUAAAGCCACACUAUGAGGUAUGUGUAGAAAAUGUGAGUUGCAUUAAUAUUUACUACUUGAUCAGAAACUUAACAGAGCUAUAAGAAUCCAGAUUCUAAAUGAAAAGUUCCCCUUAGUUGCUGUGAGAACUUGAAUGCAAAUAUCUGCCUGCCUUUAUCUCUGGAAAUAGCCAUGAGGAGUGGACUGUGGGGGCAGAGAGUAGUACUCACUUGAGCAGAUAUCUCGCUUGGCAGCCUUUAGGUGGAGAUUAUUCAGAGGCAUUUCUUGGGCACUUCACUAACUUGUAUAUGUCAAACAAACAAAAGAUUCAGAUAUAUUUUUUUCAAAAGAAAGCUGAAAGUCUUAUUUAAUAUAGUGUUGCAGGUGCCUGGAUAUAGCUACAAAAGAGUAAUUUAAUGAAGAGUUGGCUGAUAAAUGUCUGAUCUGCACAAUGUUGUAAGUGAAUUACUCCUUAUGUCUGUUAGUCUUUAUUCUCUGUAGAGGUACAAACACAUAUAACAUGGUUACACACAUACAUGCAGAUUUCAUGCUCUAUAAAAGUUUUCUUCUCUUUUAUUUGCCUCUCUAAAUGGUGUGCAUGGAAUAUGCCUUAUUACAGAAUAAUUCUGUUCUUGAUUUGAAUAUGUAGAAAAGUGCCUAUAUGGUAAUGCUAGUAAGGCAAAUAAGAUUAAAAUUGUACACGUUUACUACAUCACCAGUAAGCAUUUUAUAUAACGAUGUUAAAAAGAAUUUCUUAUACCUCAAACGUUUCAUCUUUUUGCAAUCAAACUGAAAAAUGAUUCAUUGACCAUAGCCACUAAUGGGAACUUUACAAAAAGUCUUAUGCCCAAAAUACAAAUGUUUAACUCCUUAUUUGCCAUUUCUGGUAACUAUCAUCGAACACAGGCAAGUAACUGUUUAUUAAUUUAAUUGGAUAGCUUUAUUUUACAAAGGUAUGGAAAGUUUACGAAGCAGUACAUAAAUCUUAAUAUCAUUAGUUGCAUUUGCACUAAAUGUGAUGUACUUUUGCAAUUUAUUCUGUAAAUAAAUUACACUAAAGAUACUAUUUGUAAAGAAUACAUUUUACUUUUAGAUAAAGCACUGGUCUUUCACUACAGCUAGCCCUGCCCAAUCAGAAGUACAAGAAGCUCCUUACUGAAUAUGGAAAGAGUUGCGAGUUCAAGAGUCAUAAGUACCGACCCUUCAAAUAAAAGCUUAAGCUUCUUCUCAUGCUGUGUAAAUGUAUGUUGCAUAUCCAUUAUGCCCUUUCUUCCAGAAGAGAUCUCCAAACCUUUUUUGCAUUUAUGUCGUCUCUCUCCUUCCUCCUCCAAUACUUGGCCUUUUUUCUGCCAAUUAAUGUCACUUUAACCAUAUGUGUGUGGUACUGUUGAUGAGCACUAGCCUCUGACUCCAGAUUGUCAUUUUUGUAAAUUAAAUCAGUUCUUAAUUCAGCCUAUUCAGAGAAUGCAGCAAUCUUCACCCUCAAAUGUGAUAAGGGUCCCUUAACUUCUAUUAUCUUGGGAACCUGGAUCUGUCACCAAAUGAGAUCUUCUCCAUGACUAGAUACAGUUUUUAUUGAGGAUGAGGGGAUCAGGAAAAGAGGUGGUUCAACAGUUUUCUGAAUCUGAAUAAUUUCUCAUAAGUUUCUCUAGGAAAAAAUGCCAUUGCACGUUUUGAGUGGAAAUCACCUUUUACCUAAUUGGGAUGUGCUGGUUUAUCUGAAGUUGUGUUGAUUUUCUUUAAGCUAAUCAAAUUGUCCAGUAAAAAUCUUUCACCAGAAUUUCAGUUUUACAGAUUAAGCUGUAUUUGAAUUGCCACUGUUCAUCCACAGACUCAAAACAUGAAUCAUACUUUUGAGUACCUUGAGUGUGUAGAGUGUGGCUGUUUGUUCUGUGAUAGCUUUAUAAUACUGAUAAGUUUUAAAAAUUAAAAGUUGGCUCUUCCAUGUUACAAUCACAAAUUUAAAACCAGUAUUUAAAAGUGAAAAGUAUUAAAAUAUUAUGAAAAAUAGUUCUGGUUUGUAGUUAUUUUUAACAUUUAGUGCUUUGAAGAAGUAAAAUGUCAUACAUAGCAUUUUAAUAAAAUAACCAAACCUUU